AAACAAACAAAAAUCUAUUGGGACUAACGACACUAGUAACAAGUUUAAAUGAAAAAUCCUAAUUUGUUAUCUCUCUCAAUGGUUCGGUUCACUCAUCACAAAGAAUAUUAAGAUGGUGAACCAGAAUCCCACUUUAGCCACACUACCUCAAAAUCCAUAAUUAAGACUUUCAAAAAGGCACAAGUAGUUGCUUUCACACAAACAAUACAACAUGUGUAUAUUAACAACACAAAGACCAGACAAAACAAUUACAUUCUCUAUCUCUACAAACUCUGUUAGCUCAUUACUUCUCCAGCUAAUCUUAUAUUAAGCUCAUUACUACUUUAUCUAUGUCUCUCCUGACUAAAUCAAGAAGUAUAAAACUAAGCCUCAACAGCAGUUCAUAUAAUCUGAUUUCACCUUGGAGAAAAAAUUUCUGAGCAUGACUUGUAGUAAUCUGGACAGCAGUUUUUGUUGCUAUCUACAUGCUCUGUCCAAAAGAAGAAGCAGAUCAGUUUAACAGAAAUAGAGCAAGAAAAAGCUUCUGCAAGAAAACAAAAGAAAAAUAGACCUUCAAUAUUCUGUCAUUAAAAAAAAUACAUGGACAUUUAUCUCUGUUAGCGCAAUUUGUCUCUCAAGUCUGCAAGCCCACAAACAGAAGAAACGAAAAAUGAGUGCGUGUAAAUGAUUAUUUAGUCCCUGCAAGCAAACAAACAGAUAUAUAAAUGUAUAACCGUGAAGCACGCAAGACUCUUGAUAGACCGACCCGGGAGAGUGGUUAGCUCAUCCGUGUUAUAAAACAAAUCUUGUAUAGCCUUCAAUUGUGAGCAUAUAUAUGUAGAUGAUAGGCAGAUGAUUGCAUCCAAUAUUUUGAUGAAACAUUCAAGUAAACAUAUAUAUAGAGUUAUCCUCCUUGUGAUGAAUCAGAAGGGAAAUUUGAAAUUCUCUCUGCUCAGCUGGCUUUUAAAAAUGUCUGCUUCAGCUCUUUAUAUAAACUAAUCUGAAAACAAGUUAAAAUCAGUACUAUAGAGACAGAGAGGGGUUAGUGAGUACCAGCUCUUUGAAUCAAAAGUGAGAGGCACCAUAAGAUGCUGCGAAGAAGAUGAAGAUGUCGCCGCCAAUUGACUUUCCACUACCGAGGUACUGCCAAAGUCGAUAAAUAAUUGUUCUUUCUUACAUUUUUAUGGUAUUUAACACUAUCUUACACGAUUUCUUGCACCGUUCUGUGCUUCCCCUAGAUUGUAACACAUGUAUGCAACAGAGCUUUCUUUUGUUAACCUUAUCAUGUUUCGAGUGGAUUAAUUUGGACUUUCCACUAAUGAAAACUUUUUAUCUAGUUCAAACUUUGCAAACAUAUUUUUUAACGAAUGGGAUAUUUGAUGUUGUGAUAAUCAAUAAAAAAGUAAAUCAAAUAUUUUGUUAGAGUUGUUAAAUUAUAAUAUAUGGAUAAACUCUUCCUAUUUAAACCCGUCUAAGAUCCAUUCCAUUUAAAUUUCAAAUUCUGUUCAUACCUUUUAUAUUUUAAUAUACUUAUUGAACUUGCAUUUUAGAUAAAUGAUCAUUAUUUUGGAUAAUUUAGACCCUUUUAAAUGUAUUUAAAGCCUUUUAAAUAAAUGUUUUAAAAGUAAUUCGUAAAAAUUCAGAAAUAUAUUUGAAAGAUUAUCAUAUACUUAUAUCUAAACUUCAAAAAUUAUAUAUAUAUAUAUAUAUAUAUAUUUAUAUAAUAAUACAAUAGAAUAUUCUAUGCAUACUUGUUAGGGUUUUGUGUUAACCUUCAGAAACAGAAUCGUCGCCAUUAUCAUAUGCUUCCGAUUAGUAAAGUUUGUCAUUGCGUUUGGAGUAGUGUAAGUUGAAGGCAUACAUCUGUUAUUAGCAACGAUGGAACAUGAAAGGUACGUGGAGUUUCUUAGUUUAGUUAAUGGUUACUUUAUCUUGUGCUCUGAAUCCUUUUUUUUUCUUGCGGUUGUAAACACCAAAGUACCCAGCCCUAAUAUUUAAGAAAAAAUCCUAAUUAAAACUCGUAUCUGUAUACAUGCCAUUGACUAUAUCCUUACAGCAAAACCGGUGGUGAAAAUCUGAGAAAUCAAGAUAUGAUGGACUGGAUCAGUGAGCUGCCUAGAGAUUUGAUUAUACAGAUACUAUCUUCACUUUCGACAAAAGAUGUCACAGCAACAAGUGUUUUGUCUAAGAGUUGGAGAUCUGUUUGGAAGAUGGUGCCAAACAUCAAGUUUGAUUCUGGUUAUCACUACAAAACUGAAAGCCAUAGUUUUUCAGAGAUUGUUUGCAAGUCUUUGCUUUCAUGUAGCUCUCCGGUUCUAGAGAGUCUUUAUUUGGUAAAUAUUUAUGAAUCUGAAGCUUCAGAUGACAUAGAACUAUUGAUUGGAGUUGCAUUUGCACGCCCUGUGCGUAAACUAGUACUGGAGCUUCUUCUAGAUAAAGACUAUGACGGGGAGUUGAUUAGAAUAUUGCCGAGUGUUUUCUUUAGCUGUAAUAACACACUGGAAAUAUUGGAACUCAGCAGUAAGUUAUUGCUUUUAGACUUCCCUUGUCGGGUCAGUUUAAAGUCUCUUAAAAAGCUGCGCCUUAUAGAUGUGGAAUUCAAAGAUGACGAAUCUGUUUGCAACCUUUUAUGUGGCUGCCCUAUUCUCGAAGAUUUGGUUGUGCACCGAAGGAACAGUUAUGAUUCAAAGGCCUUCAUUAUGGCGAAGAUUUGCAAUUCUAAGUAUGAGGACGACUUGAUUAGAUUUCCGAGUGUUUUCUCUAGCGGUAAUAACACACUGGAAAUAUUGGAACUCAGUACUAUGCUUUUAGACUUUCCUUGUCGGGUUGGUUUGAAGUCCCUUAAAAAGCUGCACCUUAUAAAUGUGAAAUUCAGAGACGAGGAAUCUGUUUGCAACCUUUUAUGUGGCUGCCCUAUUCUCGAAGAUUUGACUGUGGACCGAAGGGGCAAUUAUGAUGCAGAGACUUUCACUAUUGCGGUUCCAUCAUUACAGAGACUAACCAUAGUAGAUACUUUUCAAGGAACAGCUAAUGGAGGCUAUGUGAUAAACGCCCCUUCUUUGAAAUACUUGAACAUCAAAGGGGUUGGGUUUGAAUGGUUUCGCGGACUCAUCACCCUAGGCGAGUGUUAUGAGUUUUUUCUGAUUGAGAAUGCGACAGAACUGGUGGAGGCUAAAAUCAUAGGCGUUAUAAUGGAUAUCCAUGUACACAAUGAGGAUAUUUUGGCUUCUCUAGCUUCAGUAAAACGUCUUUCUUUAGACUUUUCACCCUUGAAGAUCAAGUGUCCUACUGGUAUUACCUUCUACCAGCUGGUAUCUUUGGAGCUUAAUACACGUAAAAGUGAGUGGUCGAAUCUACUUGCUCGCAUGCUCGAUAAUUCUCCUAAAUUGCAAAUCCUCAAGCUCAUUAACACCGCAAAUGAUUAUAACAAUAGAACAUUAUACUCCUUCCGAUUGGUCGGCGAAUGGGAGAAACGUCCAAAAUGCGUACCGGAAUGUUUGUUAUUCCAUCUUGUGACAUUCCAGUGGACAAAUUACCUAUGGGAACUAGAAGAAGAGCUAGAAGUGGCAAAAUACAUUUUAAAGAAUGCAAGAUGGUUGAAGAAAGCAACUUUCUAUACGGAACCGGAAGAUGUCGAAACCUUGGAAGAGAAACGUGAGAUGCUAAACGAAUUGGCUAGUGUAGUUAGGGCUUCAAAUUCAUGUCACCUCGUCUUUGAAUCAUCAUCCAACUAA